AUGUCGCUUAGCGAAAGCGUUGGCACCAAAUCCGAGAAGCCCAUGUCCUUUAUUUGGGGUGAGUCCCUCCUCCAUCCCUAUAUCUGCCUCGGGGAGAAGGCGCGGGAUGAGUUCCACGUGGUGGAGGUGGUGCCGGCCGAUGAGGACGCGGUGCCGUUGGCCACGUUGAAACCGUCGGUGCUGCCCAUGGCCACGCUGGUCGGAGUGGAGCUGACACCGCCCGUCACUUUCCGGCUCCGCGCGGGGUCCGGCCCGGUGUACAUCAGCGGGCAGCACGUGUCCUUGGUGCCCGACCUGUCCUGGGAGGAGGAGGAGGAAGAAGAGGAAGAGGAGGUGGAGGAAGAAGAGGAGGAGACCCCCGAGGUUCCCCCCCCGAGGGGCCAAGUGGCCAAAAAGGGCCACGCUGCCAAGGUGCCCUGAGCCCAGCCCCACA